AUGUGGAAGAUCGAUUCCAGCAAUGUGAAAAUGUCGGUUGCUGAAACUGCUUGUUCAUACGCAUCUCUCAUCCUUCACGAGGAAGGAAUCGCUGUCACUGCAGACAAUAUCGUCACAUUGUUGAAAACCGCCAAGGUUCAGGUCGAUUCUUUUUGGCCUCCGUUGUUUGCUAAACUUGCUGAGAAGAAAAAUCUUGGCGAUUUGAUAGCAAAUGCUGCCGGCGGUGGGGCACCAGUUGCUGUAGCAGCUGCCCCAGCUGCUGCCGCCGCAGGUGGAGGUGCUGCUGCAGCCGCUCCUGCUGCUGAAGAGAAAAAGAAGGAAGAACCUGAAGAAGAGAGUGACGAUGAUAUGGGAUUCGGCUUGUUCGAUUAG